GAAGUAAAACACGACUGUGGACCCGACGGACCUCGGAAUUUAUUUCAUGUGUACCAAACUUACAUUGACAUGGUUGGACCGGGAAGCAUGUACCGUCGUCCAUUAGCAGGUGAGGGACUGAAGUAUUCCAAGCAGGUCAUGGGAGUAAACAAACUCGGGAAAAUCAUCAAGGAUAUGUGUAGUGGGGCUGGCUUCCAUGGGAAUUUCUCCAACCAUUCGGGCAAACGAACAUGUGCUACAAAUCUAUUUCAAUCAGGAAUAGAGGAACAGCUUGUAAUGUCCAGAACAGGACACAGAAGCACGGCAGUUCGGAACUACAAACGACCAAGCCAGGAACAACUUAGUGCAGUAAGCAUGGCGCUAAAUCCACCGAAAUUGGGCUCGGAAGAAAACGAAUGCGCGGCAGAAUUCGAAGCCAAUAAUAGCAAACUUCCAAAGUUAAUGGUUGAUCCAAUGCGCACCCCAAUGAUCAACAUUACAAACUGUAAUGUCCAUAUUUUUGAUGCAGGAAACAAGUAGGCCUAAUGUGUAUAUUGAUCACGUAACAUUUUAAAGAACUGUUCAGUUUUUGUUUCAAACUGUUAAAGAAA